AUGAGCCCGCGGCGGCCGAAGAGCCCCGCGGGGAGCGGCGGCGGCGGCUCCGGCUCCGGCUCCGAGUCCGAGUUCUCCGACUCGAGCAGCGAGGACGAGCCCGUGGAGAAGAAGGAGCUCGCGUGGCUCGAGUUCGAGCCCGACGGCGCCCAGGAGCCCUGCAAGUGGUGGUGGAACCGCGAGACGGGCGAGCUCGCGUGGGUCCACCCCUACCGGUGCGCGACCGCCGUCAUGCCCAAGCGGAUGGACGUCGACGCGACGGGCGAGCAGCGGCGCCUCGCGCAGAAGGCGCGGGCCAUGCGCGCGUCCAUGUCGGAGAAGAAGAAGCGCCACUUCCGCACGGCGCGGAACUUCGCCAAGGAGUUCAAGUGGCUCAAGGCGUCGCGCGAGGUCGACAGGGCCGCCGCCGCGGCCGCGGGCGACUCGGACCGCUACGAGCUCGCCCUGGCGAGCGCGCGCAUCCACUACGCGACCUGGGUCACGGAGGACCACUGCGCGUCCGCCGAGGCGUCCUACCCGAGCUUCCUGAAGGCCUUCGCCAUCGCCGACGAGCUCGGCCCCACGCUCAAGGAGCCGCUCCACUGCUUCGAGGCCGCCGCGGCGCUCGCCGGGCUGCCCGCCGAGGAGGGCCAGGCGCGGCGCGCCAUGGCCCUCCGCCUCAUGGUCCAGCUGGCGCCGAAGGAACGCGAGCUCGCGGAGGGCGAGGACCCGCGGCCGACGAUCGUGGAAUACCACGCGGUGCUGUGGUGCGUCGCGCUCAUCCAGGCGAGCGGCGGUUUAGGCGACGGCCGGGCCGCGGCCUACCUCGAGUGGCUCCACGAGCUCCAGAACGACGUCAGCUGGGACCUGCCGUCGGGCGUGUCGCGGCCGACGACGUCCGCGUCGACGCGGCCGACGACGCCGGGCACGCGGCCGGUCACGCCCGGGGCGCCCAGCUCGCGGCCGGGCACGUCCGGCGGCCGGCCGGGCACGGCGGCGUCGCAGCAGUCCAAGGCGUCGUCGGCCAUGUCCAUGUCGACGCACGUCUACGGGUUGGACGUCGCGGACGCGGUGCCGCGGUGGGUGCUGGCGCUGCUCUGGAGCAAGGCCCUGGCCUGCCAGGGCCUGGGCUUCAAGGCCAAGGCGGCGCUCCUGGAAGCGCGGGCCCUGUCGUCGACGGACGACUCGGCUCCGCCGCCGGACGCGCGCGCGAAGCGCGACGACGCGUGGAUGAGCGACGCGCGCGUCUGGCGCGCCGCCGGCGACGCGCUGACGUGGAGCCGCCACCCGUUCUUGGCGCGCGGCGCCUACGAGAGCGCCACCGUGGCGCUGGGCAAGCAGCCGAAGUCGCGGAUGGUCAAGACGCGCGCGAAGCGCCACGCGGAGGGCCUCCUCUGGCUCAAGCGGUCGCGGACGGAGCGGCUCAUGCGCGACGCCGAGCGCUCCUGGGCGUCGCUCGACGCGGGCCUCAAGGCCCACCCCUGGGGCCCGGAGCUCCGCGCGGCCGCGCGGGCGUGGGACCCGGAGGGCCCGCGGAAGGCGGCGCUGGACGCGGAGGAGCUCGCCAUCGCCGGGGGCGCGCAGGCCCUGGCCCGCGGCAUGCUCGCUCGGAACCACGCCUACGACGCCAAGGUCGAGUACGAGAAGCAGAAGGCCUGGGAGGCGGAGCAGUACGCGAAGCUCGAGCACUUCCUCAAGGUCCACAUGGCCGAGGGCGGCCACCGCAUCUUCCUCAAGUGGGCCAACUACACGCGGGCGCAGAAGAAGCUCAAGAUCUACGCGUCGAUCCACGUCGCGAACCGCGUGCGGCGCAUGCUCGCGAAGCGCCGCGCGGACCGGAAGCGGUACCACAACCGCGUGCUCCUGCGCGUGCUCAAGCGCGACUUCCCCCGCUUCCUACUCCGCCAGAAGGCGCGGGCCGUGCUCGUGUUAGUCAAGACGCGCGAGCUCGCGCAGCUGCGGCGCUGGGCGGCGACGGUCAUCGAGGCCGGCGUCCGCGGGAGGCGCGGCCGGCGAUUGGCCGAGUGCGAGCGGCUCGUGCUCGAGGGCCUCAAGAUGCGGCUGAGGCGCCACCUGCGGACCUGGCGCGUCGUCGUCGGCGGCUGGACCCGCCAGCUCCGGAAGAUCCGCAUCAUCCAGCGGGGCGCGCGCGCGUUCAUCGUCAAGGCCGCGGUCGCGCGCAUGGUCCAGAAGGCGCGGACCGCGCGGAACCGCGUGAAGCGGAACCUGAAGAAGCGCACGAUCAAGUCGAAGCAGGCCGUGCUGCGCGCCUGGCGCGUCGAGGCGCGGAAGGAGAUCCGGCGGCGGCACGCCGCGGCGGCCUACGUCAUCCAGCACUGGUACCGGACGCGGCGCAUCGUCUGGCGCGCCGCGCGGCUCCAGCGGCGGCGCAAGCAGUUCGCGGCGGACAUGAAGCGCGCCAUCUGGGCCUGCUGCCACGAGUGCCUCGAGGCGCUCCACGUCGACGCCAAGGCGCACAAGAUCCAGCGGGCCUGGAAGUGCAAGAAGUCGCGCAUGCUGCUCAAACGCGCGCGCGUCCAGACGCACCGCGCGCGCAAGCUCCGGCGCAAGUGCUGGCGCAUGUACGGCAAGGCGGCGCUCAAGGAGUGGUUCAAGCUCCACAAGCGCGAAAAAAAGGGCGCGCGCAUGUUCCAGAACUGCUGGCGGUCCUCGAAGGCGCGCCGCGAGGUCGCGGAGAUGGCGCGCCGGCGCCGCGACCACGUCGCGAAGAUCAAGUUCGCCUGCGGCAACCGCGAGCACCGCACGCUCGCGCGGUGCCACGUCUCCUGGCGGCGGCUGACGCGCCUCGCGAAGAUGGCGCGGCGCGUCCAGUACGCGGGGCGGCGGCUCCUCGCGCGGCGCGAGGUCGCGGAGAUGGCGCGGCGCCGCCGCGAGCAGAACCUGAAGAUCGCCAUGGCCAUCGGCAACAAGGAGGCGCGCACGCGCUUCCGCUGCUUCUCCAACUGGAAGGUCGACGUGAAGCGCGAGGUCGCGGCGCGGAAGCUCCUCGCCAUGGUCAAGGCGCACCAGGCGCGGGCCUACCUCCGCGAGCUCGCGCGGAUCCGCCGCGAGCAGAACGCGAAGAUCGCGCUGUGCUUCGGGCGCAAGGAGCUGCGCCUGCGCGUCAAGUUCUUCAAGCACGCCAAGGAGUCGUGGAUCUGCGGGCGCAAGGCGCGCGCGAUCCAGCGCGCCGCGCGCGCGCGCAUCGCGCGCGACGUCGUCCGCGAGAAGGCCAGGAUCCGCCGCAACAACAACGCGAAGAUCGCGCGCUGCGUCGGCGCGAAGAUCCACCGCACGAUGAAGAAGUGCUUCCACGGGUUUCUGAUUCUGUGGAAGUACCGCCACGAGCGCGAGGCGGCGCAGGGCGCCGCCGACCGCGCGCACGCGGACGAGGCGGACCGCGUGGCGACGGCGGCCUACGCGGCCCUGCGCCACGCGGCCAUGGUCUACAUCGCCGGGCACGUCGCGCCGCUCCUCUGCCGCGCGGCGCUCUUCAAGCAGCGGCGCCGCGGCGCGUGGCUAAGAACGACGGAGCGGCGCGUCGUCGACGCGCGCAAGCGCAAGACGCGCGCCUGGGCCUUCUCGCGCUUCGUCGACGCGCUCGCGGCGCGCGCGGCCCUCGCGAUCCGCGAGCAGGGGCUCAAGGAGGCGCCCGCGGCGCCCGCGGCGCCCGAGCCCGAGGUCGAGGUCGAGGUCGUCGAGAAGGCGCCGCCGCCCAUGCCCGUCGCGCGCCCGGAGAAGCGCGAGCGGGCGCCGGUCCCGGCGAAGAAGCAGAGCAUCUUCCACCAGCGGCCGAAGCCCCGCGUGAAGCGCCAGCCGCGCAAGAAGCAGGCGUGGCUCGGGCGGAGCGACCACGGCCUCUUCCCGGAGAACUACCGGAAGCACGGGCGGCGGACCGUGGACCUGCGGGACAGCUCCGGCGAGCAGAAGAUGUACCGGUCCACGGAGGGCCUGUCGGGCGCCUACUUCGCCGCGCGGCGCCACGUGAAGCGCUGCGGCACGCUGAGCUGGAAAUCGAACGAGAUGACGAACGGGGAGCUGUCCGCGCUGAGCUCCAUCGCGGCGGCCGUCGUCCUCGAGGCGCCCUGGGGCCGCGGGGACGUGCUCGACGCGUCGAAGGCGCUGGACACGGACGAGCCCCACCCGCACGUCGCGUUCGGGCCCACGGAGGACGACGGCGCGCACGCGGCGCGCGCGACGAAGCCGCGGCUGAUCUGCCUGGGGUCCGAGGGCACGCCGACGCUGGACGACGCGUGCUGCGCGGCGCUGGGGGGCCUGGCGGCCGCGGGCCGCGUGAGCGCGGUGUCGACGCACGGCGUGCCCAUCGAGCGCCGCGGCGCGCGCGCGCUCGCGGUGAGCCUGUGCCGGGCGGACCUCGUGACGCACCGGUCGUCGAACCUGCAGGACCUGUCGCUCGAGGGCGGCGACCUGGGGCCCGACGCGCUCGCGGCGCUCCUGGAGAGCUUGUUGUUACGGUGCGGCCGCGGCAAGCUCGCGCCGCUGUCGAAGCUCGCGCUCGACGGGAGCCACGUGGGCGAGAGCCUGCUGGUCGUCAAGCAGGUCGCCGUGCUCCUGGCGACGAACGGCGCGCCGGCGACGCUGUCCCUGCGGCGCUGCAAGCUCCAGGCGUCGUCGGCGCGCGCGCUCGCCCAGGGCGUCCACAAGCACAACGCGAACUGGCUGCGGCGGGGGCGGGCGACCUUCGCGAAGAACGACCGCGGGGAACUGCUGCGGCGCCUCGAGUCCGUGGACCUCGCGGACAACCCGCGGCUCGGCGAUCGCGGCGCGGCGACGCUCGUCGGCGCUUUCAAGCACACGCGGUCCCUCGCGCACCUCGACAUGUCCAACACGGGCUGCGCGGCCCUUGGCGCCGACGCCGUGGCCGACAUGUGCGCGGAGAUCUUCCACACGGACGCGCCGAAGGCGGAACGGCCCGACGUCGACCGGCCCAUGCUGACGGUGAACCUGCGGCACAAUCUUUUGAUCGACGCGGACCGCAUCGCGCGGCUGGCGGACGUGUCGUCCGACGCGAACUACCGGCUGGCGCUCCAGGUCGACGCCGCCGGGGGGCUCUUCGAGCGGACGCAGCUCGCGAUGCAAGGCCUGUCGCCGUUGGACGCGAAGCGGCUCACGUACUCGCGGGGCCUGCCCCGCGGCGGCGGGAGCCGGCGGCGGGACCGGAGCCCGGACGGGGGCCUCCGGUCCCCGGAGCGGAGCCUCCGGGAGAGCGCCUCGGAGCCGGCGUUCCCGGACCCGCCGACGACGCCGGCGGACGGCACGCGGCUCGCGUCGCGGCAGCGCCACGACCCGUUCUUCACGGACUACCCCACGACGCCCGCCGGGGACUUGCUGCGGCCGCUGACGGGCGUGGGCACCGCUCGACGCGACGACCGCGCCGCCUCCUCGACCAUGAAGCUCUCCGACUACGUCAGCACCUACGCGCAGAAGUGCGCGCUGCCCGUGCUCUUCCUCGCGCUGGGCACGCGCAUGUACACGCAGAUCACGGAGACCAUGGAGUUCGAGCUCCGCAAGAGCGAGCAGCCGCGGCCCGGCGACGUGCUGCUCGUCGGCGCCGUCGCCGGCGUCGCCGACGAGCUCGCGGUGCGGCUCGCGACGAUCGGCAACGGCGCCGAGGCGCCGCCGGACCUCGAGACCGGCGAGGCGCGGCGCAACUUCGGCACGGACAAGUACGCGGGCCUGGAGAGCGGCUUCUGGCUCGGCGAGUCGACGCGGCGCCGCCUGGCCGUGUCGUCGCGCGGCGGCGAGGGCUCCGCGCAGCCCCAGGCGCUCGCCAUGCGCUUCUUCCGGUCCGUCCAGCCCUUCGACGAACACACCAUGAGCAAGUUGGAGAAGCCCGGCCCGGAAUGGACCUGCCCCGGCGCGGUCGUCGGCGGCGUCGCGCAGUACGCGUGCUUGUGCCCCAACUGCCCCGCGAAAUGGGCCAGCGUCGUCUACGUCCUCGCCGACGAGCGCGAGACGCUCUGCCGCGCGUCGAAGCUCGCCGUCAGCGCGGCGCCGACGCCGCGGGCCGCGCACGCCGCCUCCUUCCUCGACGCGCCGUCGUCCGUGCUCGACGUGCUCUCCGUGUCGGACGGCGAGGCCGCCUUCGACCGCGUCCGCGCGGCGCAGAACGCGUCGCGCCACGUCCUCGUCGUCCGGGCGUCCGACGUGCGCGCCGCGCCGCGCGCCGUCGUCGUCGCCGUCGUCGGCUGGGUCCUCGAGGUGCGCCAGCGGGGCGCGGACCGCGACACCCUCCCGAGCGCCGACUUCUUCGAAAUCGACCCGGGCGUCCUCGGGCGGGCCCUCGACGGCCGCGAGAUCAACCCCGCCGCGCUCAAGGCGCCGCCCGCGUGCGACCUCUCCGACGCCGCGCUCGCGGCGGAGCCGGACCUGCCCGCCGCGUGGGCGGCGGCCGAGGACACGCAGGCGAAGAGCACGAAGCAGCGCGGCCUCAUGGAGAAGCUCAACGGCGUCGUCGACGGCUUCAGCGUCAAGACCGCGAACGUCCUCAACUACUUCUUCCCGCACCCGAGCUCGCCGGACAACGUCGACUCCAUGUGCAUGAUCCCCAACGCCGCGGCGCGGGGCAUCGAUCCCAUCACGGGCACGAGCAACUUCCAGGCGGCGCCGCCGGAGAACCCGAUCUACGACCCGGGCCUCCCGACGAAGCACGCGGCUAUGGUCGCCGGGCAGAACUGA